GCAAGCCUCACAUUCAAUGUUUACCAUUGUUAUUACACGAAAUACUAAUAGACUUGAAGUUACGAUCAACACCGGGCCCAGCAUGUAUUUGGCUGUGUCGACUCUCGAGAGCUCUCGAGGCUAUCAUUAGUUUGUGUUUUUCUCCCUUGCCUUCAGUAACAGUCAUAUGGUUGCGGCUAAGAUCUACCUCCUUCUCUGUGCCACAGGAGCGCAGUACUAUGCCAUGACACCUCCAAAUGCCAGACCUUCCGCAAAGGAACGUUUGAAUCCUACCGGUUUGGAAGUUGUCGUCCCUUGGAUACACAUUUUAGUAAAGAGCAUCAUCGGUGUUUGCGUGUUGUCAGAUAUCAUCCUCGCAUACGCAGCGAGAAAGGAAUCGACUCCCAUCCCGAAAUCGCUCACUGCCCUUCUAGUCCGCAGUGACUUGUGUUCGUUAUCAAACUUGGACCAUGCCAUGUUGUCCCCCGCACUUGUAGCUGGGUGUUUUCUGAGCGUCAUCGGCGGUGCUAUUCGUAUCCAUUGCUACUCUACCCUAGGCAGGCUCUUCACUUUCGAACUCAGUAUUCGCCAGGAUCACAAGCUGGUCACGUCUGGGCCUUAUUCCAUUGUUCAACACCCCAGCUACACUGGUGGACUAUGCGUUUUUCUGGGCUUGUUGCUCUGUCAUUUGCACACUCGGUCAUGGAUGGUUUCUUGCUCGGGCCUAUUUCCUUCGUCGGACCAGGGGGUAAUUUUGGGAUGCAUUUGGGCUGGGUUAUUUGGUUUUCUUUAUUCUGGACUUCGUGGGCGAAUCCAGAAGGAGGAGGCGAUGUUGCAGGGAAACUUUGGAGACCAGUGGAAAAGUUAUGUGAAGAGGGUACCCUAUAGAUUAGUUCCGUGCUUGUUCUAGGUCGCGGUCAUUUAAUCAAGACACUAUCAAAGCAUUAAAAUACUCCAAGAGCAACUUCUUGAUCACUAGAUUAUAGGGGAAUGAUGAAAAGAGAAACUAAAUCUUAACCAAACGCUCCGCGAGGC